CACCGCAUUUUCCGGUUUUCCUUCUUAAUGCUUUCGGUGUUACAGGAAUUCGAUAUUAGUUUCUCAUGUUCGCGAUCUGGAUUAUUAGUAAAACAAUGGAGACCAUCGAUCAUCACGAAGCAUCCGUUUGUGUUACGUUAACAAUGAACUGAUUAUUUGUAUCGCACGCAAAAGAAAGAUAAGAAGACCUUAAUCUGCGACCUUUCAUUGUAAGAAAGCAACUUGAUCUGGGGUGUGCACGCUUUUGGAGGCUUUUUGUUGGACUUCCUUGGAUAUCCCUACCGUCAACAUUCUUUUACAUUUACUGUUUUAAUUCUGUGGUCCAACAUGCCACAGACAACUCCAUAUUCAAGCAAAUUCAACCCUAGUACUUACAGUCACCGGCAACCUGUGGAAGAGAACUAUGGGGGUUUGCACUAUCGUGAUAAUAAGCUUGUGGCUGGGUCUCUUGAAGCCCUGAUACAGCUUUUGGUCCCUACUGUGGACUAUUACCCUGACAGGUCAUACAUUUUUACCUUCCUACUAAGCUCCCGUCUCUUCCUGCAUCCGUUUGAGCUCAUGUCUCGUGUUUGUUACCUUUGUGUGGACCAUCACAGGGUUGGCGACCCACAGACCGAUAAGAAAAGAAUACGGGAAAUAGCACCGAAAAUCGUGCAGCUGCUCACAGAAUGGACGGAGACCUUUCCGUACGACUUCAGGGAUGAGCGUAUGAUGCGCAGCCUCAAAGAGAUGACCCACCGGCUUGCCUUCGGAGAUGAGCUCUCACGGAGGGCCAUGCAGAGACUCAUUCAGCGCCUCUUACGCAAGCUGACCACCCUCGGACAGUACGAAGAGUCGCUGGCGACAUCCAGCGCCGCUGCUGCCGCCACCGCCAUGGACCGACCGGUCGCCCUGAAGUCCAAACAGCAGUUAGUACGCAGAGACGAGUGCGUUUUGAACCUAUGCGAUGACCCUUUCAUUUUCGCCCAACAGCUGACACACAUCGAGAUGGAGAGACUCAGCUUUAUUGGCCCUGAAGAAUUCGUUCGAGCGUUUGCUCAGAAAAGGCCCUCAGACAACCAUAAGAGUUUCUUCAGCAAAAGAAAAGCAAGUAACCUGGAGGCCUAUGUUGAAUGGUUCAACAGACUGAGCUACCUGAUAGCCACAGAAAUUUGCAUGCCGGUGAAGAAGAAACACCGGGCAAGAGUGCUGGAGUUCUUCAUAGAUGUGGCACAGGAAUGCUUCAACAUCGGCAACUUCAACUCAUUAAUGGCCAUUAUUACUGGGAUGAACAUGAACCCUGUAUCCAGACUGAAGAAAACCUGGAAUAAAGUCAACACGGACAAGUUUGACAUCCUGGUGCACCAAAUGGACCCAUCUAGCAACUUCUACAGCUACCGCACUGCCCUGCGUGGAGCAACUCAGAGGUCUAGUACAGCACACACAAGCCAAGAAAUGAUUGUUAUUCCUUUCUUCAGCUUGUUCAUAAAGGAUAUCCACUUCCUUAAUGAAGGCUGUGUCAAUAGAUUACCUAAUGGCCACAUCAAUUUUGAGAAAUUUUGGGAGUUGGCCAAGCAAGUGAGUGAGUUUCUGUCCUGGAGGCAGGUGAUCUGCCCUUUUGAGAGGGACAGGAAAACACUGCAGUAUCUCAUCAGCGCACCAGUAUUCAAUGAAGAUGAGCUCCAGCUAGCUUCGUAUGAGAGUGAAGGUCCUGAAAACAACCUGGAGAGGGACACUCGCCGUUCGCUCAGGUCAUCCCUUAGUAGAAUGUGAACGGUGAAUUUGGGAUCGUGUCCUAACACAAGGACUGAUGGCACUGAAGACUUUGAAGGACUUUUAUAAUCAUUACACUUUUCUGUGGUUUCAUCGCUGAAAUUGAGGCUGGAUUCUCAUUGUAACAGUAACAUUAUGCUAAAGGAAACAUAUUCAUCUCAUUUACCUCAAGUACCUUAAUGAAAUGUGUUCUAAACAUGCUAUAAAUCUCCUGGGUGAAUUAAGAGCAUGUCGCUGGCUGACCUGUUCUAUUAUUACAUUGUUUUUGUUUGUUUUUGGUAAGUGGUAUUAAUAGUUUGUGAACAUAUUUGUUACAAUAUUAAAAUAUAUUUUUGUGUGUAUUAUAGUUUCAUGUGAUCAGUGUACAUGUUUCCCUAUAAAGGAUCUCUGAAUUAA